AUGCUAUCUCAGGCUUCGAUUCCGGAGGUUCAAGAAGACGCCAUUGGAAAUGCCAUUGAGGAGCGUAAGGCCAAAUUCUUUCAAUUCCAAAACUUGGGUCCACCAGAUCUGAUUUCGCUGGUUAAAUAUGCGCCUUCUUCAAAUUCCAACUCGCAGAGUACCAAAAAUCGGUCUAUGCAGCUAGAACCCAGCUCCUCGAACAUAAAUGCUCAAGAUCUGCAUUCCCAUGACAAACUAAAAGGCGAAUUGGGCACUUUUCUGUACAGCGUGGGUGUCGAUACGUCAGACCCCACGUCUAUCGCUGUCUAUUUGAAAAAUUUGGCCGAUUUGAUAUCGGAGAAACCUCAGAACUGGUUUGGAAAGCAAAAGCAUUAUAAAGUAGCACGAGUCACUUAUGCUACCUGGAAUGCAUUCAGAAAAUGUGACGUGGAGGUCGUAGUGCACAUCCCAGGCGCAGUCCAGUCCUACAUUUUAGAUACUCGUGGCGAAGUUUUGCAAGUUCCGCAAGCUGAGCGGGAAAUUUUGUGGACAGAAACGUUUGUUUGCGGCGUUGUACGCGCAAUCACUGUUAUGACCGAUAAUGUGGAGGAAGGUGAAGUGAACAAUGUCGUUGAAACGCGUAUUUUGAAUCCAUUGACUUCCGGCGAACUCGGAGAAGUCUCAGAUCGUUUUAUCGAUGCGUUCCCAUUGGUAUAUUCCCAGGGCCAAAAUCUAGGUGCUCCCUGCAACGUGGCUACUUCAUCACGCACCAAUAACUACUUGUGUGAAACUCUACUGCAUGUCACCAGACUAACACAGAAUUUUGAUAGAUGUCGAAAGAUGCUUACUGGCUUGCUUGAAAAACAUCCGGAAUGUGUGGUUCUACUCGUGAGGCUAUUAUUUGAUGCUGAUCUUAAAAUUGAUGCAAUCUCUUUACUGCACGAAGAGUUUUCGAAACAAAGAUCCUCGCUCACCAACUACCGCUCAGAGCUUCUUUGCGUCCAGGCUCAAUUUCUGUUGGAGCAGCAAAAAGACUUCAGUGCUGCCCAAAUGCUGGCCCAGGCCGCCGUAGACUGCGCGCCAAGCGAGUUCAAACCUUGGCAUCUUUUGGUAAGAUCGUACAUCGGUUUGAAUGAUAUCGAGAAUGCGCUACUGGCAUUAAAUGGAUGCCCCGUAACGCCUCACAAAGAAAAGUACACUUUCAAGCGAGUCGUGAGUUUGGGGCAAGACUCGCCUAAUUUGCAUUUGCCCCUUCCGAUAGAUGUAAUCUUAGAGGACGUGACGAGUCUCAGCUCCACAGAUGUUGCCAAUGAGCAUAAGGCUUUGAGCUCAUCACUGCUCAAUCUCCCCGCUGCAACACUCAAGGCGAAUGCUAAGACAAGAUACAAAUAUCUCACAGAGAUUGCGUUAAAGACAGGAUGGGAAGCUCUUUUGAAAUACAGAUCAAAGCUCUUCGUAAUGGAAGAAGAAUACCAGGUGACCUCCACGCCUCCUCCAGAUUCGGGAUCGACCGGCUCCCCCGAUCUGAUUCGCGGCAAAAGAUUGUGCGAAAGGUGGCUGGACAGUCUGUUUAUGGUGCUUUACGAAGAUCUCAAGGCGUAUACUUUAUGGCAAGCGGAACAGCUGCAUUUUGAAGCUCAAAACACGAGAUAUCAGAAAUCUACCGCAGAAUGGGAAUUGUUGGGUCUCUGUGCACUGCGUUUGGGCCACACUGAUGAGGCUGCUCGGGCGUUCCGCUAUGGCCUUUCUCAACGUUUUUCUGCCGAGUCUUCGAGACGCAUGCUGCAACUUUACCUUCUUGACCGGGAAAGAGUGAAAGAAGACAGAAGCUCUUCUUCUUCGCAAACAAUGACCACUAUAUUGGACAUAGACAACAAACUGAUUGAUCUGUGCGUCAAAUUGUGCUGUUGGAACCACCGCUGGUACUGCGAAUUCUCUGUUUUGCAACUUGACGUCCUCUCGCACGUUGUACAAGACAUCGGCGUAACCAAGCUAUCCAACGAAAUUCGAGCCCGCUUUCCAGAAACUGUUGUACAGCUUGUCGAAGACAACCUACUUGAUUACAUCGCCAAUUACACUCAUGGUAGUUACGAUAAGUGA